CUAUGCUGAAGAGUGUAGGAAUAUUUUUGCUGUUUAUUGUUGAGUUGAUAUUAAUUAGGCCUUGAUGUAGAGACUAGUUUUCAAUAUAUUUAUAUAUCUGACUAUGUUGAAUAGUACAACAAAAAAUUCUACUGUCUAUACUGAUAAAAACAUAUCAAGAACACGGCAGGAAUAAACUGAUUACUACAAAGACAAAGACUCAAAGUUCCUGUGAUUUUGUGGUUCGCCAAUAUUAACUACUAAUAAAAUUUCAUUUACGAUCUCCAUUUACGAACAUAUUCUGCAUGCUCUUGUCACUUGUGUGGAAAUUAAAUAUCGAUCAAUUAUAAAUCCUUAAUGACGUUCUUUCAAGCGAUAUUCGUAAAACAAUUAUCUCGUUGAGCUCAUAAGUCUCAUACAUAUUUUAUAGUAGCGAUUGUUUGAAAAACAACCCAGCUGGAGUGUCUUUAAAAACAAAAUCUCAGGCUCGUGUAUUGAAAAUAUCGAGAAAACGAACAGAGAUUAGAGUAAGUCGGCUGCAAAUUUUUCUCAAAAUUACCGGACCUUGAUAAAAAUAUUUUUAAGACUAACCGAAUCCGAAAAGUUAGUUCUUCUGAAAGGCAAAUAUUGUUUGUAUAGUAUGGCUGACUGUCGGCGAAUUGUGAUGAUUCCUAUCGACAAAAGCGGGAACAGUAAAAGAAUUUUUGAAUGUAAGUAAAUAUAUCGUAGAAUUUGUAAAUUAUGUUUUACUGGGAUAAUGGCCGUGAUAUAGUCAGUCGGGUCAGCACCGUUACUUUAUUUAUCGAUCGCGGAGUAUGGUUAGUAGUAAAUCAAGUAGGGAAUGCACACGACGUCCAAACAGCGAUAAGAUCAUGCAGAACUGAGAAUGAGGGUUUCGCAUAAACUACUUCAAAGUCUUCAUUAUAUGUACACUGGAACAGCAUAUAUAGUCGUUGAAACCCGUGAUAAGAACUGCUAUUUUGUACGUUAUAAGGCCUAGCUGUUUUCCGUUUCAACCGAACUGACGGAAAAGUAGCGUUUUCUUUUGUGUCAAAGGGCUCAAAAUCAUUUGUUCCAACCUAGUGUUCAGGAAACAAACAAAUUACAAAUAUAUAUAUGCUACGUUUUUAGAAACUUUAGAAGGAACUGAGGAAGUGUCCGUAGACAAUCAUCCUGAGAACGAGGUUUAAUUCAAUUUCGUGAGAAGUUGUUGUGUUUUCAGCACAAACAUCGCUGUUUUGUUGACUUGUUGUCCGAUACGGACAGAUUUGUAUGAGUAAAAUAUAAAAAAACAAACGUCUCUGUACUUUGAUCAACUUUCAUUAGCUCUGAUUACGUUCUGCUUGAAUAUGUAAUUACUGAUGUAAGAGAUUAAACGUUAUCGUAACAUUUAUAUAUGAAACCGACCAAGUAAUUUUUUUUGGGUUUAUGCCUUAUACGAAUUAGAGAACGAAAUUAUUGGGAAAAGUUAUCCAUUGAAUCAUUUGAAUUGUCAAGACGUUUCAGAAAGACUGUAAAAUAUAAAUAGACUGUGUUAUAUCUGAAAAUAUAAAAACUAAACGCCCAUUCAAACCAUCAGUAGUCGACAUCAUGCAAGGUUGUUGGGUCUGCCCGCAUUAUGUUUUCAGAGUUGCAGAAAGUGUUCGAUUAUGGCUAUACGUUUCAAAUUGCAAAAUAAUAUUAUAUUAAUUAUGUCAUUCAAAAUCUGCUUCUUAUUCUUAUUCCCGACUGAAUAUUUCUCAAUUUUUGUUGUUUACUAUUCUUAUUCCCGACUGAAUAUUUCUCAAUUUUUGUUGUUUACUCCUCAGUAUUAUCCAUGUGACAUAGUCAUCUGUAUAUCGGCACCAUUAUACCCUUCUAGUUACCAGCACAAUAAUAUCAGCAUCCUGCAUAUGCCAAUCUCAACCUGCUCAGUUACUAGUAUCAUAUUUUAUUGUGUUAGUGUUGAGUAGAGUGUUUCACAUUAAUUAAACCUUGUUCAUUAACCUCAGUUACCUCACAUAUGGUAAACCUUCCUCGUGGCUGUUACCCACAUAUCCGCAUGCAGCUUUUUUGCAAUUGAUGAUUCCCCUUAUUACGUUUUCGUAGCGCUUUGCAUUGUGGUUUAAUGGUAUCACUAAAGAUAGCGGCCUCGAAUGAAAAUAUUGAAUGUUUUCGCGAAUAUUUUGCUAUUGGCUAUCGCGCACCUGACCCUAUAGCUUUUUUAAAAUUUCUUGCACGGGUCAGGACAAAAAAUAAGCCAUCUUGAAUAUCAGUGAUACCACUAUAACCACAAUGCAAAGCGCUACGAAAACGUAAUAAGGGGAAUCUUGUAUUCUGUAUGUUUUCAUGAUAAUGUUGGCUGGUGUUUGAAAAUGUUGUACCACCUAGCUUUGAACGACGUUGGCCUGGUUCGAAGGGGCCAUGCCAUAUAACAACUAAAGAAAUAGUAUAUAAAUAUAUAUUUACUGGGUGCAUUUUCUUAUAGGGUACUUCAACAAGCUAAGGAAAGACAACGACAAAGUUAUUUUGAUACACGUUUACACCGUUCCUCUUAUGUCUACUCCAACAGCCAGAUGUAAGUGUACACUAAUCCAUUGAUAACUUUAUGUAUAACUUCCCCUCAAUUUAGUCUCAAAUAUUUUAGACUAUACAGACGAGAUCAUAAGCAGGCGACAUUUGAAAAGAACCGGAAUACAGGAUGUAUAGUAAUGUGAAUUCAUAAAAAUUGAAUGAUAAUUUGUUAUCUUGGCCUUGGUAGUGAAGUGAUAGAUAGUUCCCGAUAGUUUACCUGAAUUUGCAUUUUCUCAGACAAAUAUUUUAUCACUAUACAACCACUAGGCACGCGAGAUUAUUCUGAUAAGCCAUAAGGGCAUACAUUCUAAAAAAUCAGACGACUAUUUUUUUGAAUUUCUUUACUCUUCCGCUUUACUCUUUUAGUAUAUUGUCUGGGAUAGAUGUUCGGAAUAACAAGAAUUUAUUCUCAAUUUCAAAUUUAAAAUAGAUCAAAGAAGUGUAUGUUCAAUGUUCCAACAAUUGUUUUUACUCUUCUUAGUUGGUUAUUCAGUGUCAUUAACAGAAUGGGAAGGUGUUCAGAGCUCAGUUGAUAAAGAAAUACUUCAGAGGAUUAGUGAAUUUGAAGAGCUUUGCCGUGGAAAUAAUGUAAGGACUACUAUUAUCUUCCACUAUUCACGCAGCAACUGUUUUGUAAACAGCGACUCUGUCCCUAUCCUGCUUCGAGAAUAUUUUAAUUUCUUUUGUAAACCUCGCUUUGUGCGCGAGGAAACAUAUAGAUCUCUGCUUGGAGGAGGCAGUUUGAACUGGGGUCCAAGCUUAUCCCGUCUUCUUAUUGAUAAUGACCAUCCCGAUUGCAUUGAUUUAAAAAAAGCUCAUCACGUGUUAAGGAAGAGUGUUACGUUGUAGUUGGUUGUUGUAGGUUUAUUUUCUUUCUCACAAAGUGAGGAAAACGACUGGGAAGUAGAUAGAGGUCUGAAGCCACGGUGCUCUAUUCUAUCACGACAGAGUGGAACAAUAACUGAACACUGUAGAGAGUGCUUCGCGUCCAAUUCUUACUGCGUCUACAAUUUAUUGCGGCAUGCAAAAUAAUAUCAACUAUAAAAAAAUAACUGGAAUUAAAAACUAUAACCACAGGUUCGGUAAUUGUGAGCAGAUUUAAAUGUGUUAUAAUCCUUGGUCUGUCAAUGAUUCAGCGAACAUUUCAAGCCAAAUUCCUCCAAUUUCGCUAAAUGGGACAACUAGGUCUAAGCUGUGUCAUUUAUUUACCAUUAUUUAAAUUACAUCAAAAUAUACCAUCCAUUUCCUAUGUUCCACCAUUGCACCAAGCUUUGAUAAAUGCUGUAGCAGUUGGCUACAAUAGAGUUAUAAGAAAGAUAAACGUUCUUUUUACGUAUAUCAUUACUGUAAUCCCCCCUGAUUAUUUUACUAGAUUCUAGUUAUAAAAUUAACAGCAGUUGCCAUCGUUAUAAAAUCGUUGCAUAAUUUCACCAUACAAUACAUCCCUUUAUUUCCUCACAGCUACAGUUCAAGACAAUCUAUAAAACUGGCGAACCUGGCGUCGUUAUUUGUGAGCAUGCGCAUCGGGAACACGUGAGUCUCAUUCUCAUGGGAACACGCGGUCUAGGCAAGUUCGCGCGGGCGCUUCUGGGAAGUGUGAGUAAAUACGUCAUAUUACACAGUGGUUUACCUGUGUUAGUUAUGCCACCAGACACUGGAGGAAAAUAAAAAUCUAUGUUGGUUCCAUAAACAUCUGAGCUGAACAUCACGAAUUUCACGGAGAUUAACUGCUUGCUUUUUAUCGUUGACAACCAAGACAGAAUGCAGGGAAAGAACAGAUAUGUAUGCAGUUAAUUAAUUACGGUUGCCAUAACCUCAACCUCUAAGCGCGAAAAGCACAAUGGACAUGCAUACACUAUGUAAUUCAUAAUUUCGACACUCCAUAGUUGCGGUUGCUACGUCCCACAAACCGUUUUGGUUUUGCGGAAAAUGCGAUUUACAAUUUAUGAAUUCCCGUUAUUUUCACCUCAUCAGAUUUUAUUGGGUCGUCUAACCCAAUUCAAUAGCAAAGUUGUUUAUGGGGCAUAGACCCAUAGUUAACUCCGUUGGGAAUAUAAUAAACUUGAUUAGCAUAUACUACUAAGACAUUUAAUAAACGGAACAUACGGUAUAUAACUACAGGGUGUAUAAAAAAACCCUAAGAAAUCCACUUUGCAAUUUUUAAGCAUAAAAUAUUUUAGGCCCCUGGGAAUUGAAAUGGAAUUGCUAAUAGAUCAUAUUACUGUUGUUGUAAAAUAAAAGCUUGUUAAGUGUCAUUAAAUAAAUGCAUAAAUUUUGCGUUUUUGACAGUUGUGCUAUUUUUUAUCCCAGGCACCUAAAAUCUUUUGUCCUUAAACAAUGUCGAUUUCUUGGGAAAAUCCGAGGUUGCGUUUUAUACACCCUGUAUAGUGCUGAUUCAUAGCCAGAUUCAUAAUGAUAAAACGCCCAUUGUGUCUCUCUCGCUUAGCCUUUAAAGGGAAAUGGCAAUAUAUUUUUUUAUUUUCUCAUUUGAAAGAACUUUUGAAACUAUUUAAUAACUUCUUUUAGCGAUUCUUCAUAUCUUGCUUAGUUCUUGAAAUAUUUUCACUUGAAGUAAUGAGAUGCCAGCCAUCUUGGAUAAAAUUUUGAUCUCAUUAACGGUAGUUUUGGUGACGUCACAACAGGGAUUAACCAUAUAAAAGUAUUCGUCACUGACCAAAUAUUGAUUGGUAGAUGUUUUAAACGUUUCAAGUGAUCUUGAUAUUUCCAAGAGCAUACAGAGUAUAAUUUUGAGUGCAAAAUGAUUAGUGGUUGUCUAGAUAAAAAUAUUGCGUGACCCCUGUUGUGACGUAACAUCCAUAUCCACAAAAAUCCAAGAUGGCGGACAUUUCAUUUCUUUCGAUUAAAAUAUUUGUAGAAGUAAGGCAAGAUAUGAAAAAAACGGUAAAAGAGUUUUAUAUAUGGCUUUAAAUGUUCUUUCAAACGAGAAAAUAAAAAAAUAUAUUGCCAUUUCCCUUUAAUUUAAUAUUAAAGACUGUUUUCAUUACCGUUCGCUUUGCCCGCGCGUGCGAAGCGUUCAUUGUUUUUGACGCCCGUCACGCCCGCGUGGGCAGAUUUUCAAAGCCCGCUCCGCCCGCGCGGGGAAAGCGACUGCAAUGGAAACCGGCCUUUAAGCCGGUUUUCCACUAGGUGGAAUUUUGCGCGCGGAGCGGAAUCUUUCUUUGUCUUUUCUAAUUAGUUCCACCCGAGAAAUCACAAGACAAAGAAAAAUUCCGCUCCGCGCCCAAAAUUCCGCCUAGUGGAAAUCCAGCUUUAGAGGUUGAAGGUUUUGAUCAUAGAAAUAAUAGCUAGCUGUACAGGAUGUCGAUUAUCUUAUUCAAGAAUUACAGUGUAAAGAUGAAAUGCAACAGCAUUUAGUAUGAAACUAAAUAUCUUUUUAAAACCUUUACUGUAUAUCUAACUUCAAACAGGGUCAUACCAAAGCGUGCGUAUAUGUUUUUGUUUGGCACGAGCAUCCAAUCAAAACUAAUAAAUUUCAAAAGAAAACGCUACGUUACCGUACGUUUCGAUAUAGUUGAAGCGAAAAACCCAGCAUUAACUGUAUACAUUAUAUCACAUAGAAUGUUAAUAUCAACUGCUUCAGUUGAUUCAGAUUAACAUGAAAACUUUGUAGUUAGAGUUUGUAGCUGUUAUUUGUAUUUAUUACUAUAUACAAUUAAUAUAUAUUAAUUAAAAAUGAUAUACAAUAUAAUAUCGAUUUUGUACUUCCGUGAACAUACUGAACAGUAGUCAUGCACUAUAUACAGUAGGAAUGCCAGAUUCCAUUUCGUGAUUAUGGCAAUUCUACAGGGUGCCCCCAAAAAAGUGACACUAUAUAGUCCUAUUGUUAUAAUUUGAAUGCCUGAGCACUAUGCUGAACACAAGAGUGUGUAUUAAACACAAUACACCCUUUCGAUAAUUACGUCAUUUGGCCUGGGAGCCUCACUCUCAUGAAUCGUGAGCCAAUCAUCUUGCGUAAUUUACUAAUGAGAGCGAGGCUCCACCAAAAAGUGUGUGUGACGUAAUUAUCGAAAGGGUGUAUGGAAUUGAAUUUUUAAUUACCACUACCAGGCGCAUGAAAUCCUGUGCUUAACAACAAUAGGAUAAUUUCUAUAGUGUAACUUUUUUUUGGGACACCAUGUAUACUUCCCAUAAAAUUGUUAAAAAUAUAAAUUCAAAGCACAGUAUUCAAACAAACACAUAAAGACCCCGCGGGCAUACGAUUUUACAAAUUCCAUUUAAAAAGCAGCCUUCCUGUGGCUCAGUUCUGCGUACAACACAGAUUAAAAGACCAUGAGUUUGAAACAACUUACUACACACCAUUGGUCUCGUUGUGUGCAUAUACAAAUAAAAAGGGUCUAAUAAAGUGAGGUUUUCGCGGAUUUAAAAGAAGACAUUCUUUUAUCACAGCCUAUAAAAAAUUAAAAAUUCUUGGGAUUUUCCCGAUUCUUCAAAUUGAUAAUACUUUGUAGGGUCCAUGACGCUGGACUGUAUUAUUUUUCUUCUCAAUAUAUAAAAUGAUUUCACGCCUGAUUCCUUUAUGCAAACAUUGGCUUCCACUUCUCCCGAAUAACCAUGUAGCCUUACUUCUUCCCUAAACAUUUAUCAAUUGUUCAUCCUAGUGCGCUUUGUAUCGUGAUCAAAUCUUCCAAGGACACUGUCCAAUCACUAUCCAUAUAAUCCACACCGAUCUUCACAAAUUGUCCAUUAUUCCACAUAAUCCAACUCUCGUAAUUGCCCAUCCUCCCAUGAAAUAUCGACAUCCAUAAAUACUCCAUAUAAUAAUUUUCAAAGCACAGUCCUUGUGGAAUUACUUUUUUUUAGUUCCCUAGUUUCUUCAUCUACACCUCGUUUUAAAGACAACGUAGUUCGUCCUCCACUACCACUACGACUGCAGAAAAUAACAAGCAUGCAUUCAAGAUUUAGUUUCUUACGAAAAGAAAGCGAAAGUAUGUACCUGCCC